AUGUCCCCGGUAAUUGUAGCGCUUGGCAUCGGCUACCGCCGUGUGAUCAUGGAAAUCGUUUGGUUAGACUCAUUCUUCAAUAUUCGAGCAACUUCAGAUCCUCUUACUCUUAACGAUGAAGCGGCACCAAGUUCUUUUGCUGGUUAUCACACUGUCUUAUCGAUUGCCGAGCUUGCAUUCAGCUCUAAUUUGCGGGUUGAAGGAGCGGGCAAGUUUUCUGGAAUAGAUUCGUUUCUGAAGGUUGCCGACAAAAUGGGACUCAAAACUAAUAGCAUCGAGCUAAGUGUACUGAAGCACUCCCCAAACCCCAAACUUCAUGGUUGGGGCACCACCACUCCUGACGAUAUAAUCAAGAAGUUCAUGGGAGACCCUUUGUUUGUCUUGCGCUUUAAAGUACUCGCAAAUAAGAUUGGAUUAGAGAAGGCGCAGUCGGCAUUCUUUAAACUCAUGGCAGAGAAGUUCACCAAUGUUAAAGCUGAAUCUAUAUAUCAUCAAGCAAUUACGAACUCGAAUCCGAAGAUAGUUAAAUGGGCGCAAAAGUAUCUGCCAAAACAGGAUAAAUUAGAGGUAGAAACUUGA